AUGCGGAGGGCUGAAAUCUACUCGCACUAUUAUUUCUUAGUGGUUGGAAAGUUGGCGGUGAAAAAUUACAGUACAACUGUAGCGUUCACAAGAGAACCAGAACCACCGGAGUACGACCGGAGCGUUCACAAGAGACCAGAUGAACAAGAACCACCGGAACCACCAGAGAACGACCGGAGCGUUCACAAGAGACCAGACGAACCAGAACCACCAGAGAACGACCGGAGCGUUCACAAGAGACCAGACGAACCAGAACCACUGGAGUACGACCGAAGCAUUCACAAGAGGCCAGACGAACCAGAACCACCAGAGAACGACCGGAGCGUUCACAAGAGACCAGACGAACCAGAACCACCGGAACCACCGGAGUAUGACCGGAGCGUUUACAAGGGACCAGACGAACCAGAACCACUGGAGUACGACCGGAGUGUUCACAAGAGACCAGACGAACCAGAACCACCGGAACCACUGGAGUACGACCGGAGUGUUCACAAGAGACCAGACGAACCAGAACCACUGGAGUACGACCGGAGUGUUCACAAGAGACCAGACGAACCAGAACCACCGGAACCACUGGAGUACGACCGGAGCGUUCACAAGACACCAGACGAACCAGAACCACCGGAACCACUGGAGUACGACCGGAUCGUUCACAAGAGACCAGACGAACCAGAACAACUGGAGUACGACCGGAGCGUUCACAAGAGACCAGACGAACCAGAACCACCAGAGAACGACCGGAGCGUUCACAAGAGACCAGACGAACCAGAACCACCGGAACCACUGGAGUACGACCGGAGCGUUUUCAAGAGACCAGACGAACCAGAACCACCAGAGUACGACCGGAGCGUUCACAAGAGACCAGACGAACCAGAACCACCGGAGUACAACCGGAGCGUUCACAAGAGACCAGACGAACCAGAACCACCGGAACCACCGGAGUUCGACCGGCGCAUUCACAAGAGACCAGACACACCGGAACCACCAGAGAAAGACCGGAUCGUUCACAGGAGACCAGACGAACCGGAACCACCAGAACCACCAGAGUUCCACUGA